CCAGGGCUCGCAGGGGGUUGUGUGGUUCAGAGAACUACAGUUGGGGCAAGGAAGUUUCUCCCCGAUAGCUGAAAGCGUGCGCUUCAUCCACGUUGGUACCGUUCAUUAAAACUUCUGGAACACCGCAGGGUGGGCUUGGAAUAGGAACAAGGAACGGAAGCAGGAAAGGGGAGGAGCGUGCACCCCUCCCGGCCUUGGUGCACGCCGCGCCCCCUACUCUCGGGUACUUGGGAAGGGACGCGCGGGCUGGACGCGCCCAGACGGCCGAGAUGGCGCUGGUGGCUCGCGGGCUUUCCCGUGGGCUGAGCUCUGACCCGGCCUCCCCAGGCCGGGGUACAGUGGUCUUCCUGUGGCUCCUUUUUAGCACCUGGUGCACAGCUCCUGCCAGUGCUAUCCAGGUGACUGUGUCAGAUCCCUUUCACGUGGUGAUCCUCUUCCAGCCGGUGACCCUGCCCUGCAGCUACCAGGUGUCCACGACCCCCACAGUACCCAUUGUGAUCUGGAAGUACAAGUCCUUCUGCCGGGACCGCAUCACUGACGCCUUCUCCUCAGCCAGUGCUGACAACCAGCUCAAUGCCCAGCUGGCAGCUGGUAACCCCGGCUACAACCCUUAUGUGGAGUGCCAGGACAGCGUUCGCACCGUCAGGGUUGUGGCCACCAAGCAGGGCAAUGCUGUGACCCUGGGAGAGUACUACCAGGGCCGGAGGAUCACCAUCACAGGAAAUGCUGACCUGACCUUUGACCAGACCGCGUGGGGGGACAGUGGUGUAUAUUACUGCUCCGUGGUCUCAGCCCAGGACCUCCAGGGGAACAAUGAGGCCUACGCAGAGCUCAUCGUCCUUGGGAGGACCUCUGGGGUGGCUGAGCUCUUACCUGGUUUUCAGGCGGGGCCCUUGGAAGACUGGCUUUUUGUGGUCAUGGUUUGCCUGGCCGUCUUCCUCUUCUUCCUCCUCCUGGGCAUCUGCUGGUGUCAGUGCUGCCCGCACACCUGUUGCUGUUACGUCAGGUGCCCCUGCUGCCCAGACAAGUGCUGCUGCCCGGAGGCCUUGUAUGCUGCUGGUAAAGCAGCCACCUCAGGAGUCCCAAGCAUCUACGCCCCCAGCACCUAUGGCCACUUGUCCCCAGCCAAGACCCCACCCCCACCAGCCAUUAUUCCCAUGGGCCCUGUCUACAACGGGUACCCUGGUGACUUUGACAGAAGCAGCUCAGUCGGCGGCCACAGCUCCCAGGUACCCCUGCUUCGUGAUGUGGACAGCACUGUGACCUCAGAAGUUCGUAGCGGCUACAGGAUACAGGCCAACCAGCAGGAUGACUCCAUGCGGGUCCUGUAUUACAUGGAGAAAGAGCUGGCCAACUUUGACCCUUCUCGACCAGGCCCCCCGAAUGGCCGUGUGGAGCGGGCCAUGAGUGAAGUUACCUCCCUUCAUGAGGACGACUGGAGAUCUCGGCCUUCCCGGGUCCCUGCCCUCACCCCCAUCAGGGAUGAGGAGUGGGGUCGUCGCUCUCCUAGGAGUCCCAGGAGAUGGGAGCAGGAGCCCCCUCCAGAGCGGCCAGGAAGUGGCUGGAGGGCUGGACGUCCUCGGGCCCACUCUGUGGAUGCUCUGGACGACCUCACCAGGCCAGGGUCUUCUGAGUCAGGGAGGCGGUCUCCUCCAGGUAGAGGGAGGCGAGGCCGGGCCUACACGCCCCCUAGAAGCCGCAGCCGUGACGACCUCUAUGACCCAGACGACUUGAGGGACUUUCCUCACUCCCGAGAUCCCCACUACAAUGACAGGUCUAGGGAUCGUCCUCACGCUGAUCCCAGGUCCUACCCCCACCGGUCCCAGGACCCUCGGGACAACAAUUCCAGGUCUGAGGACCCUCAAUAUGAUGGGAGAUUACUGGAAGAGGCCUUGAGGAAAAAAGGGUCUGGGGAGAGGAGGAGACCUUACAGGGAGGAAGAGGAAGAAAAGGAGGCCUACUAUCCCCCAGCGCCUCCCCCUUACUCUGAGACGGACUCCCAGUCCUCACGAGAGCGGAGGCUUAAGAAGAACUUGGCCCUGAGUCGCGAAAGUCUAGUCGUCUGAUCUCUCGUUUUUUGUAUCUUUUUUUGUAUCUUUUUUUUAAAACUGGAAGUAACAUUGAUGAAGGUCUUCCCCUCUUAAGUCUAAAUAAAAUUUAUAAUCACAAGG